AAAUCUCGGAAUUCUCGUUUUGACACCAUCCUGCGUGUUCUUGCAAAUUUAUUCGCUCUGUAUUCUCAAAUCUCUCUCUCUCUCUCUCUCUCUCUCUGUAUUCCAUUUUUCAGAUCACUAUACCAUUCAUUCAUUCAUUCCAUUCUUCUUCGCUAGAAUUGAGAUAUGGCAGUCAUGGCGACAAUAAUGAAUAGGCAGCAUUUGCUGACCUACAUCUACCUUCUGGUUUACAUUUCACUUUCCUCGGGUGUUAUUUUGUAUAACAAGUGGGUUCUCUCUACGCUGUAUUUUAAUUUUCCAUUUCCAAUAACACUCACUAUGAUCCAUAUGGCUUUUUCUGGUGGAGUUGCAUUUUUCCUUAUCCGUGUUCUGAAGGUUGUAGCGCCUAUUAAAAUGACAUUUCACAUAUAUAUAACCUGUGUGGUCCCUAUAAGCGCCUUCUUUGCAGCAAGUCUGUGGUUUGGGAACACUGCUUAUUUGUACAUUUCUGUGGCUUUCAUCCAGAUGCUUAAAGCCCUGAUGCCAGUGGCAACAUUUCUUGUGGCUGUUACUCUUGGAACUGAGAAAUUAAGGUGUGACGUAUUCUGGAACAUGGUGUUGGUUAGUGUUGGAGUUGUCAUUUCCUCCUACGGGGAAAUUCAUUUUAACGUGCUGGGUACGGUUUAUCAAGUAUCGGGAAUAGCUGCUGAAGCAUUGAGGCUGGUCUUAACUCAAGUUCUUCUUCAAAAUAAAGGCUUGACACUAAAUCCUAUUACCAGCCUGUAUUACAUAGCCCCCUGCAGCUUUGUGUUCCUUUUUAUUCCAUGGUAUAUCCUUGAGAAGCCUGAGAUGGAAGCUCCACAUAUGGAGUUUAACUUCUGGAUAUUUUUUUCAAAUGCUCUUUGUGCUUUGGCAUUGAACUUCUCAACGUUCUUGGUGAUUGGUAGAACUGGGGCUGUAACUAUUCGAGUGGCUGGAGUUUUGAAAGACUGGCUACUUAUCUCUCUUUCAACUGUCUUAUUUCCUGAAUCAAAGAUUACAGGACUGAAUGUCAUUGGCUAUGCUAUUGCUUUAAGCGGUGUUGUUUGUUACAACUACCUGAAGAUCAGGGAUGUGCGCAGAUCUCAACUUCAAAUUAACCCCGACGAAUCAGCAAAGGAGCUGCUAACGGAGAAAAAGGGAGAUGAUGAUAAUGAUGAGGAUAUAUGGAAUAAUUCAGUUUCUGAUUCUCAUCAUCAUUCUCAUUUUGAUGAAGAAGCGCCUUUAAUGUAUUCAUCACGGAUAUCUCAUCUCGGAAGAAAACCAGCUCUGGCUAGACCAUGCAAUGAAGGUUCUAUUUGUUCCACAUGGAUCGAUAUAACUCUGAUCGAUGAUUCUGAAGUUGCUAGUGUACUCGAUAUUUAUUUUUAACUGUUUUUACUGACUGUUAAUUUGAAAUGACAACGGUUGACAAUGCUAUGGCUUCUCAUUUUCUUGGUGAUC